ACCGAGUAUCGCAGGAAUCAGAUUCACUGUCGGUGAAGGUAGGAUGCGACGCACAGGAGGAGAAGCAGGCCGGCGAGACGAAUCGCAUCAAGUCGACGAAAUAUACGCUGCUCACCUUCCUGCCGCUCAACCUGUUCGAGCAGUUCCGCCGCAUCGCCAACCUGUACUUCCUCUUCAUGACCGUCAUAUCGAUAGUGAUAGAUAGCCCGGUUUCGCCGAUGACGUCGCUGGUGCCGCUAGUGUUCGUGAUAGCGGUGACCGCUGCCAAGCAAGGUUACGAAAGCUUUCUGCGCUACCGGGCGGACAAUAUGGUCAACUUCUCGCCGGUGACGGUGAUACGGGGCGGCGAAACGAUCGACAUCCGCUGCCAGGACAUACGGCGCGGUGACAUUGUGCUGAUGUCGCGCGACUGCGACAUACCGUGCGAUGUGGUACUGCUGCAGAGUUCGGACGAGCACGGCCGGUGCUACGUGACCACCGCCAACCUGGACGGCGAAACGAACCUCAAGACAAUGGCGGCCCCGAAGGGUGUGCCGAGCGUGCCGCCGGAACGGCUGAACACGAUCGGGCGGAUCGAGUACGAGCGGCCCCAUACCGAUCUGUACAGCUUCAAUGGGCGGAUCGAGCUGGCGGACAUGUUUGUGAUCGGAGGCGAACACAGCGUACUACCGCUGGCGGCGGAAAAUCUUUUACUGCGUGGUAGCCGGAUCCGCAACACCGAGUGGGCGAUCGGUUGUGCGGUGUAUACUGGGCAGCAGACGAAGCUGGCACUGAACAGCCGGAUGACAACGAGCAAGAUGAGCUCGAGCGAACGGUACGUCAACAAGUAUUUGGUGUUCUUUCUGGUGCUGCUGGUCGUUAUCGUUACGGUCAGCUACUUUCUCAAGCGCUACAACGACGAGUAUCAGACGCAGCACAACCUCUACCUCGGCGAGAUACUGUCCAACUAUCGCGUGUCACAGUUUCUGCAGGACUACUUCUCGUUUCUCAUACUGUUCAACUAUCUGAUCCCGAUCUCGCUGUACGUUACGAUCGAGAUGGCCAAAUUUCUCGGCGGGUUCUAUCUGGAGUGGGAUCCGGAGCUGUACGAUGAGGAGACGGACCAGCCGUGCAUUGUCAACACGUCCGACAUUAACGAGGAGCUUGGGCAGGUGUCGCUACUGUUCUCGGACAAAACGGGCACGCUCACCAAGAACAUUAUGAUCUUUCAGCAGUGCUCGAUCAAUGGGCGAAAGUACGAGCAGAAGGGUCGCCGGUUGCAGGAAUUCGACCGCCGGAGUGCGCACAAAAUUAACGAGCUUUCGAGCCAUGUGUACGAGUUCUUCCAAGCGUUGGCCGUGUGCCACACGGUGCAGGUAGCGGGCGACUAUACGAAUGAAACGGAAGAGGAUUCUAGCGAAGCGCCUGCAAUAGGGGCGCUAGGGACCGAGACUCUGCUUGAGGUAUCGCUAAACUCCGUCGGUGCCAGUACUGUCGUGCAGUCGGAAUCUACCACCCAGGGGUCCCCGGUACGCAACAGUCGGCGGCCGACAAGCGCACUGUACGAAAAUCAGCCCCGUGUCGAGGUGACGCCACCGGUCACCCGGCCCCAGAGUUUGUACGAAACGCUUGAAACGAGCUUCAUUCAGCGGCAGCCGAACUUUAGCAGCAGCAACGGCCAUCUGCAGCUGCCCGACCUGCAGCCCGAGCUGAAGCGCACCAUCUCGGCGUACGAGGAGAAACCGCCGACGCAACCGUUCGGCGAUAUGAAGCAGCUGAGCCAUCGGCGUACCCAGUCCCACGUACCGUUCGGUGUGAAUCGUCCGAAAAGCUACCAAAAUGCUGUGACCGGCGGUGCGUUGGUGGCACGACCGGUGGUGACGUUGCGCCGCAACCGUGGCUCGUACGUGUCACGCUCGGUAAGGGAAUCGUACGCAGCGCCGGCCUACAACGAAUCCGCUCUGGUACAGCGUCAGGAAUCGCAUCUCCGGCAGCGCGAGGUCGACUCAUUCAUUCGCAAAAUGGACUAUCAAGCAUCGAGCCCGGACGAGAAAGCGCUGGUGGAGGCAUGCGCACGUAUGGGUCUCGUGUACAUCGGUAACGACGGUGACCAGAUGCAGAUCAAGCUGCGCCGCUCGUGCGUGCGGGCGAAUGUGCGAUCCCGGCUCGGUGAAGUGCCGGACGAGGAGCUGGUACAGUACGAGCGUCUGGCGGUGCUCGAGUUCACCUCCGACCGGAAGCGUAUGAGCAUCAUCGUACGUGACGCGCACGGUCAAAUUUGGCUCUACACCAAGGGUGCGGAAAGUCACGUACUGCCACUGUGCGCUCACUCGCCGCUCAUCGAAACGACCCAGCGCCACAUUGACGAGUUUGCCAAGUUGGGGCUCCGUACGCUGGCGGUUGCCCGGCGCCGCCUAACGGAGCAAGAGUUCCGCACGUUCAGUGACGAGCUAAUGGAAGCCGGCAGCUCCCUGGUAGACCGUGCCGAGCUGGUUGAAGCCUGUCAGCGGCGUAUCGAGACAAACCUGGAGCUGCUAGGUGCGACCGCAGUGGAGGAUGCACUGCAGGACGACGUGCAGGAUACGCUGCAAGCACUCGGCCAGGCCGGUAUCCGUGUGUGGGUGCUGACCGGCGAUAAGGUGGAAACGGCACUCAACAUUGCACUGAGCUGUGGCCACAUCCCGGACGGUUCUGCCCGCUACUUCAUCACCGACUGCCGCACCCCGGAACAGUUGCAGCAGCAUCUCGACACGCUGGCGCUGGAGAUGUUCCGGCAGCGCGAUACACCUUUCUCGAUGCUGAUUGACGGUACCAGUCUGGCGAUCGCGCUGGACUCCCACCGGGAACAGUUUCGCGACGUGAGCGAGCGGUGCCGGGCGGUACUGUGCUGCCGGCUGAGCCCGCUGCAGAAGUGCGAGGUGGUGCAGCUGAUGAAAACGUCCGACAGUGCGCCAGUGACGGCGGCGAUCGGGGACGGUGCGAACGACGUGUCGAUGAUACAGGAGGCGCACGUUGGGCUGGGCAUUGUGGGGCGCGAGGGUCGCCAGGCGGCCCGGUGUGCGGAUUACGCGUUUGCGAAGUUCUGCAUGCUGAAGAAGCUGCUGCUGGUGCACGGCCACUACUUUAGCACGCGGCUUGCGGUGCUGGUGCUGUACUUCUUCUACAAGAACCUCGUGUUUAUGGGCGUGCAGCUGUACUUCCAGAUACAUAGCCUGUUUUCGAACCAGUCGGUGUACGAUUCGGUGUUUCUCACGCUCUACAACGUUGUGUACACCGCGAUACCGGUGCUGGUGCUAGCACUUACGGAGAAACCUUACCAAGAGCAGACGCUACUUAAAAAUCCCUCGCUGUAUCAGAAGGUGGCCGGCAACAAGCAGUACGCGUGGAAAUACUUUAUCGGAUGGCUAGUGCUGGGCAUCUAUCACUUCUCCAUCAUCUACUUCUUCACGUACGCCGUCUGGAGCGGGAAUCCGGCCCUGUACGCGAACUGGCCGGCGACGGUCAGCUUCUCCUGUUACGGCACCGUACUCAUCCACAACGUAGUCGUGCUCGUCAACCUGAAGCUGCUGAUCGAAACGAUCUACAAGUCGUACAUCAUUAUCGCAACCGUCCUGCUGUCCAUCUUUGCCUUCAUGGGGACCACGUUCGUGUACAACCUGCUGCACAUCAACUACGACGGUUCCAUGCUGCACGUGUACAACAAUCUGCUCUCGUCGCUAACGUUCUGGGUGCUGAGCAUUGUGAUACUGAUAGCGGGCUUCCUGCCGGACCUGACGAUGCUCGCGAUACGGGCGAUGGAAAUUAAGCUCGGUCACAUCUUUCCGGGCGGUGCCAAAUAUCGGCGUGUACUGUUUCAGCGCCGUAGCGAGCAGCUACAGUCUACUGAUCUUUAG